CCAAUCAUGCGCCAUUGAAAACAAUCGUAGCCGAUACGGUGAAGCUGUGAGUUUCUUUCAUUUCAUGCUAGGUAGCUACAAGAAUUAAAUUGUAGUUUGUGAGCGUUUUAAACAGUUAAUAACAAUGGAGACGAUUUUAGAGCAACAGCGUCGUUACCAUGAGGAGAAGGAGAGGCUAAUGGAUGCUAAAACGAAAGAAAUGCUACACAAGAAGUCUACGCUGCGAGAGCAGAUCAACUCUGACCACCGAACAAGAGCAAUGUUGGAUAGGUACAUGGAAGUGAGUGCAAAUCUCAGGGACUCCUAUGAAGACAAAGAUGGGAUGAGGCGGGAUGAACUUGCUGCCAUCUCUGGACCCAACGAGUUUGCAGAGUUCUACAACAGACUGAAACAGAUUAAGGAGUUUCACAGAAAGCAUCCAAAUGAGAUUUCCAUCCCCAUGUCUGCAGAGUUUGAGGAGCUGAUGAAGGCCAGAGACAACCCCAGUGAGGAGGCUCAAAACCUGGUGGAGUUCACUGAUGAGGAAGGAUAUGGCCGCUAUCUGGACCUCCACGACUGCUAUCUGAAAUACAUCAACCUGAAGGGAGCUGAGAAACUCGAGUACAUCACCUACUUGUCUUCAUUUGACCAGCUCUUUGACAUUCCCAAAGACAGGAAGAACGCUGAGUACAGAAAGUACCUGGAAAUGCUGCUGGAGUACCUGCAGGACUACACAGACCGGGUCAAACCUUUACUCGACCAGAACGAGCUCUACGGCAAAGUGCUGUUAGACUUUGAGAAGAAAUGGGAGAAUGGGACUUUUCCUGGCUGGCCUAAAGAGACAAGUAGUGCUUUGACACAUGCAGGAGCUCAUCUGGACCUCUCUGCUUUUUCUUCAUGGGAGGAGUUGGCUUCUUUGGGUUUGGACAGGUUGAAGUCUGCUCUCAUGGCUUUGGGACUAAAGUGUGGAGGGACUCUGGAGGAAAGAGCUCAGAGGCUUUUCAGCACAAAAGGAAAAUCCCUUGAGUCACUGGACCCGUCACUGUUCGCCAAGAACCCCAAAGCUAAAGGCCCCAAAAAAGACACAGAGCGGAAUAAGGAAAUCGGUUUCCUGGAGGCUCAGGUCUAUGAGUACGUGGAGAUCCUCGGAGAGCAGAGGCAGCUCACCCAUGAGAACGUGCAGAGGAAGCAGGCGAGAACCGGAGAGGAGCGCGAGGAGGAGGAGGAGGAACAGCUCAGUGAGAGCGAGAGUGAAGAUGAGGACAACGAGAUCAUCUAUAACCCCAAGAACCUGCCGCUGGGCUGGGAUGGCAAGCCUAUUCCAUACUGGCUUUAUAAACUCCAUGGACUCAACAUCAACUACAACUGUGAAAUCUGUGGGAACUACACUUACCGUGGACCCAAAGCCUUCCAGAGGCACUUCGCAGAGUGGAGACAUGCCCACGGUAUGCGUUGCCUGGGGAUCCCCAACACAGCCCACUUUGCCAACGUCACACAGAUUGAGGACGCUGUUUCUUUGUGGGCGAAACUCAAGUCCCAGAAGGCAUCUGAGCGGUGGCAGCCGGACACAGAGGAAGAGUACGAGGACUCAAGUGGGAACGUGGUCAACAAGAAGACCUACGAGGAUCUGAAGAGGCAAGGCUUGUUGUAGAGCAACGAAGCCCUGGUAUACAGGAAGCAGAAAAGAUCUAAGGAACGUCCUUUAAUAUUAAGCAGAUUUUUUUUUUUUAUAAGUAGUGAUGUUGUUUUCCAGUCUGGGUCCGACCCUCCCUUCCUCUCUCAUUUUGUAAUGUUUCCACACUCAUCAUUAUAAUAAACAGAGUACUUUUA